GUGCUCCAAUGAUUCUUAAAAUGUGCAUAAAUAAGAAUGUUGUUUUAAAAAUUAUAUAGAGGAAAUGAUUCUGGAUGACUAUAAUAUGAUCGAUCGAUAUGUAAUGUACAUUUGUUUAUCAUGGGACAAUCAUAUUGUUUUACCUUACGGUAAGGGUUAGAGUUCUUUGAUCUAAUCCCAAUUAUACUAUGCUAUGUGAGACACUAAGAUCAUGCGAUCUCAAUUAUUCACGAGGAGCAAUCGAGGACAAGAUUUAUCAAUAUGUGAAACACCAUUUUAUAAUGUUCGAUCGUAUGAUAAUAUUUUUGAAUUUAUCGUGUUCUUAAGACACAAGUGACAUUCGUAAUCCAUCGAAUCAAUAUGAUCAAUAUCACGAAUUAUUUGGUGAUGAAAAUAUAUGUUGAUACGUAACAAGUGCUUGAACUUUUAAGGUAAAAUAAGCUUGAAGAGAGAAAUUAUUUAAUAAUUAUUUUGUGCAUCUGUAAGCAACCAAUUAUACAUAUUCCCAAUUUAGAAGAUUCUGUUGUAUGGAUCCAAACAAAUUUUUCUGGAUCUUAGCAAUGAGAUAGAUGCUGUGAAAUUUACAUAUACCCAAAUUUAGGUGUUGCUCCAAAAUUUAAUUAAAUUUUAAUUAACUCUAAAGAUGGGUAUAGAUAUAAUCAUAUAAAUACCAAAAUCUGACUGAACUAAGAAAUUCUUUACCUACACUUUAAGUUAGGAAAUUAAUCAAAAGAGAUGCGAUUCGAAGAAGAUAUUAGUUCUUGAAUUUUGAAUGAUUUAACAUUCGAGAAUUGGAUAAAAUUCGGUCGCCAAAUUAGGAGAAUAGACUAAAGAAUCUUGUUAUUCUAAAACACGACACAAGCAUGGAACUGAUAUUCACUACCGGAGCAGAAGCCCAAAAUUAAAUAAGCAAUCCCAGGCCCAGCCCGUCUUCAGGUUAAAUAUCUAAACCGGCCGCCCCCGCCGAUCAGGAUACACAGUAGCGCCGUCGAACGAAAACGAAACCGAACAAUGGAGAAACAAGAAGAAGUCCGUCGAAUCCCCACCGUAGCCGGCGGCGAAGACGAAGUACGAAUAGACAGGAUCUCGGCCCUAGCCGACGACAUCCUCCACCAGAUCCUCGCCAGCCUGAGAUCCACAAAGGAAGCUGCGAGAGCCACCGUCCUGUCCAAAAGAUGGGUCCACCUCUGGCGAUCUUACCCUGUCCUGGAAUUCGACGACAAGGGAUUCCGAUCGAAGCAAACAGCGGAGCGAUUCGCCGCCGCCACCGCCGCAAAGUUCGGCAAUAACAACAACACCACCACCACCCCGCCACUCGGCAUCAGAUCCGUGAGGAUCGAUUUCGCCAACCAGUUCGCCGGCGACGAUGGGGGCAGACGACCCUGCUCUGCUUUCCUCGACGAUGUGUUGAAAUUGGCCGCCGAGAGAACCCAAUCGCUCCGUGAGAUCGACAUUAGUUGCGGAUACUUGGGAGAUUUCUGCUUCCAGUGGGCGUGCGACAUCCCCAGAGGCUUGCUAUUGCUCCCCUCCAGCCAAUUCCCGCAAUUUCGCGGCGGCCUGGAAAUUCUGAAAUUGGAGCUCUGCAGCUUCAGGGAAUUUGUAGGCGUUGAUCUAGUCGGGGUGGGUAGCUCGCUCAGGGAGCUCACUCUGCGGCGCGUCUCGUUACCCGACGACCGAAUUCUGAACGAUCUGAUCGCCGCAGCUUCGCGCUUGGAGAGCCUGACUCUGCGCGCGAUCUUCAGUGUACGGAGGCUUCAGGUUCGGAAUCUCCCCAACCUGAGAGCCUUGAGGUGCUCCCAUUGCAAGGUGGAGGAUUUGGAGAUAACAGGGGCGACCUCUCUGGAAAUCCUCUUCUUUUCCGGUCCGUUGGGAGGUGAAUUGGAGGUUUCUUUGAUGCCAAAUCUCAGAGAACUUGAAAUCGGUAAGAAACUCCUCUUCUUAAACUUUGUAUAUGAAUUGGUAUAGGGUUAAUAUUUUCGUAUGACCUGAACUUUGAUCAAAAUAAACAUCCUGACCAAUCUUUUCGAUCUAUAACAUCCUGGCCCGAACUAUACACAAAAAUAAACAAUUUGGCCAGAUCCAACUUUUGACCGUUAACUUGGACGGUCAAACGCAUUGACGUUUAGUCAACGCGCCAUGUCACUGCCAAGUCAGCAUAAAAUAUUUAAAAUAAUUCACAAUUUCCACA